GUGUCUGCGUUGUCAGCCCAGAGCGUCUGAUGAGCCCGACGAGCUCAGGAAGCAGCGGUCCUUAUUUUAUGUUUUGUAGCGACUGAAACGGGAAGACUGGUGAUAUUUUGAGGGGGUCGGGUAGACAGCUAAAGGCAGUUAAAUAUUUUCUAAUAAUUUUAGGUUAGGUUGCUGUCAGCGACAGAAGAGCUUUGUUAUGAUUUUGGCGUUGAUACCGGUGAUGUUUACUGUUCAUCCUCAUAGGUCUCUGACGGAUAGCCAAUAUUAACUGGUUCCUCCAGCCUGAAACUGCCUAUUUAUUAGGCACAGACCGGAUUAUUUUACAUAUUUUUUCCUUAUAUUGCUGUGUGCUGGCGGCACGCCAAUAAUUGACUCUGGAGCAGGACACGGAGGAUAGCAUGGCCAUGACGGGAGGGACGGCAGCUGCCCUUCCCAUGAGCAACCACACCCGGGAGAGGGUGACCGUGGCCAAGCUAACACUGGAGAACUUCUACAGCACCCUCCUCACGCAGCACGAGGAGCGGGAGAUGAGGCAGAAGAAGCUAGAGAAGGCCAUGGAAGAGGAGGGUUUGCCUGACGAGGAGAAAGUGAUGCGGCGCUCCCAGCACGCCCGUAAGGAGACGGAGUUCCUGCGUCUGAAGAGGACGCGGCUCGGCUUGGACGACUUCGAGUCUCUAAAGGUUAUCGGAAGGGGAGCUUUCGGAGAGGUCCGUUUGGUGCAGAAGAAGGACACAGGACACAUUUACGCCAUGAAGAUCCUGAGGAAAGCAGACAUGCUGGAGAAAGAGCAGGUGGCUCAUAUCCGCGCAGAGAGGGACAUCCUGGUGGAGGCGGACAGCGCCUGGGUGGUCAAGAUGUUCUACAGCUUCCAGGACAAGAGGAACCUCUACCUCAUCAUGGAGUUCCUGCCUGGAGGCGACAUGAUGACUCUGCUCAUGAAGAAGGACACCCUGUCGGAAGAGGCCACACAGUUCUACAUUGCAGAAACGGUCCUUGCCAUUGACUCCAUCCACCAGCUGGGCUUCAUCCACAGAGACAUCAAACCUGACAACCUGCUACUGGACUCCAGGGGUCACGUGAAGUUGUCUGACUUUGGUUUGUGCACUGGACUGAAGAAGGCUCAUCGCACGGAGUUUUACAGGAACCUGACGCACAACCCACCCAGUGAUUUCUCUUUCCAGAACAUGAACUCAAAGAGGAAAGCAGAAACCUGGAAGAAGAACAGGAGACAGCUGGCUUAUUCCACUGUGGGAACGCCGGACUAUAUCGCUCCUGAAGUGUUCAUGCAGACAGGGUACAACAAGCUCUGUGAUUGGUGGUCUCUGGGCGUCAUCAUGUAUGAAAUGCUCAUCGGUUACCCGCCUUUCUGCUCGGAGACGCCGCAGGAGACCUACAGGAAGGUCAUGAACUGGAAGGAAACGCUCGUCUUCCCACCUGAAGUCCCCAUCUCAGAGAAGGCCAAAGACUUGAUUUUAAGGUAUUGCACUGAUGCGGAGAACAGAAUCGGAGCUGUGAGUGUGGAGGAGAUCAAGAGUCAUCCAUUCUUUGAGUCAGUGGACUGGGAACACAUCAGGGAGCGACCGGCAGCCAUUUCUAUCGAAAUCAAAAGUAUUGAUGACACUUCAAACUUUGACGACUUCCCUGAAUCAGACAUCCUUCAGCCAGCCAAUGCAACAGAGCCUGACUUUAAAUCAAAGGACUGGGUGUUCCUGAACUACACGUACAAACGGUUCGAGGGCCUGACUCAGCGAGGCACCAUCCCCAUGUACAUGAAGGCAGGAAAGGCCUGACACGCUCAAGGGAAACAAACACAGAGACGUUUAAUGGACACAGGGUCGGGCCGCCAGGCCCCCACCGGUUCCUGCAGGCCACGCCGGUGCCGCGCCGCGACGUCGGCCCCUCAGCCUAAACGUAACCAUCAUCAGAAGUUAUAUAGGUCCGCUCUGCCGCCAAGAAAACACCCCGCCGGAAGGAGCUGGGAAACGACGGAGCGUCGCCGCAUUACCUCGGUUGUUUAUAUUUCACGUGUGCUGUCUCUAGCCAUAGCUCUCGGGCCAGCUCUUUGACUAGGACACUAAUUAAGCAUAUCUGCAUGUCCAGCUUAAAAGUUGACGGCAGGAAUGGGGCUUGAAUACGAAUCCCUGCUUGCUGCAUCCUCAAGUUGAUAGUUGAUACACUGGCGGUUACAUUAACACAGCUGCAAACUGAAGUCCGCUUAAAAGCUCUCAACACUGUAAUCAAAAUCUGGUUGACUGAAGAGAAUCAGAACUACUGAAGCACACACGCUGCUGUGCUGCACGGAGAAUUCCAGCACGAUUUCCAGUGAGUUUUAUAGUUCCGACCUGAAGCAAGUUCCGUUUUUCGAUUUUGAUAUUGAUGUUCGGUUUGUCGCCGCCUGCUGUUGCAGCGUAGGCGUUAAAGUGUUUUUAAUCGGAAUCUCACAAUCGGUCUAGCCUGAAGACAUCUGGAGUUGUCUAUAUCUUGUGAGUUUCACUUUUUUAUCUUUUAUUUGGGGUUUAAUUGAGCGUCCUCUGUUUAAGUUAUGUAACAUCUGAGGAUGGAUAUCAAAAAAGUAAGAGCAUCACAUUGGGGGUAUAAUAUUUUAGGAAUAUUAUACCCAAAUCCUGCUGGAAUCCUCCUUUAUAAAGGUGGUACACUGGCGUACUGUAGGUUAGAUGCUGUAACUCCCUGCAAAGCAACAAGACAAAACUCAUAAUUCUUCUGCUUAGCAUCUGUCGGUGUGAAGCAUUGCCAAAUAGCUGUGUGUCCUUUUAAGAUGUAAAACGGUCAACUUAAUGAGUCGCAGGCUCAGCCUCUUGCUUCUUAAGUCAACAAAACAUGCAAAAGUGCCUUUUUAAGUAGCUAGAUGUAUCACUGUAAUUUAGGAAACAUUAAUUAGGAGGCAUUCAUUAAGAUUAGAUUAGCAUUAAGCUGUUUGAUUUUGAGAGAAAAGUAAACGGGCAGCUUGAAUUAUAUGUAUAACAAAAAGCAAAUAUAUAAGCUGGUGUCUUUUCGGUGAUUUAUGAGGGUUGUGAUAAUACAAAGCCAGGUUUUUAUGGACGAGACAAUAAAGCCGGAGACUCUUUAAGCAGUAAAAAUGGAGCUAAAGUAGGUCAAAAACAGCAUGAGAGUGAUAUCUCUAGGUUUGGAGUUUUUAAUUUUUCAUUUUAUGUCCAUCGUAGGAUGCUUUUCAAUACUUUUUUUUUUUUUGAUCCCUCUCACAAGCACGCAAACGAACAAAACACUCCCCCGUAAAGCCAGUCUUUAACCAUGGAGUCUCAGAAGGGGAGACUACAGAGUUACCAAAGAACUCUAAUCAUUACGUGCCGUGGUUCGAAUGUAGCCGUCGCUUAUUCUGCACUUAACAGGAAACUACCUUUGAAAAGGAAGUCAUUUCCAUUUACUAAAUCUAAACUUCUAAAGAAAAAUGUGUGUGCGGGCAGUGACAUUUCUUAUAAGUCCGCUAAGAGUUCUAAGAGAAAAUCUAUAAUCAGGAAGUGUACGGAAGAUUCCCAGGAAUCCCUAUGCUAGCUGUUUCUGAAGGCCUCUGCUAGAAAAGUAGUUUUCAGCAUUCUUAUCAUUUCUCUGUAAUACCCCCGUGUUAAUUCUUUUCUUACAUUUUCUAUGUAAGUAAUUUAUUUGUCGAGCUACAAAUGCCUUGGCCGACUACACUCGAAAAUGCUACAAAACGUUGGAUUGAUGAGGGUUUUAAAGGCAGAUAUCUGUAUAUUUUUGUGUUAUUUAUGCUGCUCGUGUUUUUUUUUAAAUGUAUAAAUUGGCUUUUUCCUUUUACAGACA